UCGUCCCUAACCUCAACGUUCUUUUGUAAUUUAGUCCGGGCACGUGUACCAUACAAAUCACUUCAAAUGGUUUAUAAACGUAAAAAAUACCAUUACGGGGACACACACUUGAAGAAAAAGUGGCGAACAAAGCGCAGAACGAAGGAUUUGGACGAGAUUGAUCAAGAUUUACAACCAAGUAACGUCGAGAAACUUCUAAAUCAGGAGGUGGAUUUUGAUAAACCGGGUUCAGCUCAACAUUACUGUGUACAUUGUGCCAGAUACUUCAUCAAUGAGACUGCUCUGAAUGACCAUUUCAAAACUAAAGUGCACAAACGCAGAUUGAAGGCAUUGGAAUUAGAGCCAUAUUCAAUAGAGGAAUCUGAAAGAGCAGCAGGACACGGCAGCUGGAAGGCACCUGUUAAAAGAAAGAUUGAAACCCAGAAACCUGUGGAGGUAGAAGAAGAGAGUCCUAAUAAAAAGAAGAAGGUGCAGAUGGAAGAAGAUUAA